AUGCAUUCUUCUCCUCUUCCUCCAUUUCUGUACCAGAUUCUCUCUUCCUUCUCUCCUACUCCUACUCCUGUUCCGAUCUCUCCUCUACCCUUCAAACUCUCCACAUCUGCUUUCUCUGAUUUUCUCCAUGAGCUUUCCUCUGACCUUUUAACUGUUCUCUCUUCGCUUUUCUCCAACUGUCUUGAACUUCUCUCUCCUUGCGUCUUCCUUCAUUUUCGAUCUCUCUUCUAUCAUUUUCACUCUUCUUUCCUCUUUUUUUCCAAUUCCAAUUCUCCCAUAACUCUCUUUUUCUUAUUUUCGGAUCUCGCCUCUGAAUCUUCCACACUUCUCACCAACCUUAUCUCCAAUUCGGAACGAGCGUCUCUUCCAUUUUCUUCUCCGAACUCUCCUAUACAUUUUACACACUUCUCUCAUCUGCUUUUUCCAAUUCUUUUUGUGACUCUUCUUGCACUGACACUUCUUCCUUUUAAGAUCUCACCCCUUUCCCUUCAUAACUCUCCCUUCAUUUCGUCAUUGACCUAUUCAGAUUUCUGCUCUCCCCCCCUCCACAAUUCUCUUCCUUCUUCUCUUGAAACUCUUCUCUACAUUUACUUUUUCAAAUCCCUCCCCCACUCACAAGUCUAUUCCCCCUUUUCAAAUGUUCAUUCUUCUCUCCUCAGCUUUUUCCAGUUCUUCUCAAGACCCUCUCAAUUUCAUAUUUUCCUUCCUUUCUUUGAUUUCUCUCCUUACACACUUCUCUCCUCUGUCUUCAAUUCUCUCUCGGACUUUCUCUUCAUUUUCCUUUCCUCCUUUUUACAUCUCUUUCUUGCUUUUUCUCCCCCCAAUUCUCUCUACUUAUUCUCUCUCCCUCCUUUUCUGAGUUCUUUUCCCCUCUUCUCUCCUUCAUUUUCUCCAAUUCCCUCCCACUCUUCGUUUAUUCUCUUAUCCGUUUCUUUUUCUUCGAUCAUCUCCACCCUCUCUUCUGUUUUCUCUCUUCUUUUUCGAUUUCUUCUUUUUUUCUUUUUCUUUUUCUUUUCUCUUUUUCUUUCUUUUCUUUUUCUUUUCUCUUUUUUUCUUUUUCUUUUUUCUUUUUCUCAUUUAUUCUUUUUCUUCAUCUCCCCUUUUUCUUUUUUACUUUUUUCUUUUUCCUUUUUAAAGUUACUCAAAUGUUUAUUCUUCCUUUUCAUUUUUAUUUAUUUUUGUUUGCUCAUCUUUUCCCUCUUCACCAUUCAACCUUUUAGCUACCUCUUCUCCCCACUCCAUUAUUCCGUUUAUCCUCCUCUUCUCUCCCAUCUCAGCUACUCUUUCUCUCUCUCUCUCUCUCUCUCUCUCUUUCUUAUUCGCUCUCUUAUUCGCUCUCCUCUUCCUUCUCCUAUUCCUUUUCUUUCCGUCCUUCUCUUACGAUUUUUCCUUUUCUUCGCCCUCUUCUUACUCUUUUUUCUUUUCUUCCUCCUACUUUUCUUUUUCUCUUUUUCCUCCUACUCCUCUUUUUCUUUUCCUCCUUCUUCUCUUUUUCUCUUUUUUCUUUUUAUAUUCUUCCUCCUAUUUACCUUACUUCCUCCUUCUCUCUCUCUCUUUUUUUAA